AUGCGACAUAGUGCUUGCAUUGCGCAUGGAACCGUCAUCCUGACCGAACACUCCUCACCCGGUGCUUCGUCGUCCUCUGCCUCCUCUCUCGCUUCAGUGAUUCUUCCCAAGAUCUCCCAUUCUACUCCUGCAAAACUCACCUAUACGCAUGAUCGCCUCUUUGUCCACUACAUAGCUGAUUCUCCUUCCUCCACAUCCGACGGCGCGGACGAGCAGCUCUCAAGUCAUGCCGCGCUCACUUACCUCGUGGUUGCGCAGACCGAGAUGGGCAGACGUAUACCAUUCGCAUUCCUUAUCGAACUCAAGAAGAAGUUUCUGGCGCAGUAUAAGCCAGAGUCUACAGAUUUCCAAUCCCUGCCGGCCUAUGGCACCGCUGCUUUCAACACCACGCUGAAAGGGAUGCUUCAACAAUACAACACCGCACCCCCCAGCGAUGCGUUGACCAAUGCACGUAAAGAGAUUGACAGCGUCAAGGACAUCAUGACCGAGAAUAUUGAAAGAGUGCUUGAGAGAGGGGAGAGAAUUGAUUUACUGGUGGACAAGACCGAUCGCUUAGGAGGUAGUGCACGAGAUUUCCGGGUACGGAGCCGAGGACUCAGGCGGCAGAUGUGGUGGAAGAAUAUACGUGUAAUGGCGCUUCUGGUGGUCGUGGUGAUCUUCUUGAUAUAUCUCUUUGUCGGGUUUGGUUGUGGUCUGCCAGCAUGGGGCAAAUGUGUUGGCUGA